GACAGAGUUUAAUAAAGAUAUUAUACAAUUAAUAAGUUCCAGUCACUAUAUAAUAAUCUAGGUCAUAUACUGCAAUGGCUAUCAAGACGUUUGUGGCAGUUAAAAGCAUUUGGCUUCACCUGUUGAUUCUCAAGACAUCCAAGCAAUGCCAAUAUCCACUGUAAACCAACAAAACACUGCUUGGUAUGUUCUAUAGGUAUGUCUUCACUACCCGCCAGAUCGGUGGGCAGCAAUCGAUCCAACGGGGAUCGAUUUAUUGCGUCCACUCUAGACGCGAUAAAUCGACUCCCGAGCGCUCUCCCAUUGACUCCUGUACUCCAGCGCUGCGAGAGGUGCAGGCAGAGUCGAAGGGGGAGCAGCAGCAGUCGACUCACCCCGGUGGAGACACCACGGUAAGUCGAUCUAAGUACGUCAACUUCAGCUACGUUAUUCACGUAGCUGAAGUUGCGUAACUUAGAUCGAUCCCCCUCCCAGUGUAAUUAUCUUUUAGUAUUGCCAACCCCAACCAUUCAAAAAUCAUGAGAAGACCCCUCAAAAUCACAUGAUUUUAAAAAAUUGGGCGUCUUUUUAUUUGCCUACUGUUUGAGCCUUUAGGUUAAGGUUAGGUGUUCCAGCUUGUAUCCACAACCCCACAGGCUAGAAACAUAUUUAAAAAUAAACAAAAGCUGAUAUUCUCUCAUCAUCACAUAACUUGAGAAGCGAGGGCUUUAAGAAAUGUCGCGAGACUCAUGAUUAAAUCAUUAGUUGGCAACACCAGAAACUGACUGAAAAGCACUGGAAAAUUAGCAGUUAAUUAAAUAAACAAUACCAUGGUAGCCCAAUUUUUUUUAGACAGUUCUGAUAGUAAGCAUUCUGGUAAAUCCCCACUCACUUUGAACACAUAAGAAUUCUCGAGGUGAUAAAAUUGUAUAUUACUACCCAAUUACAAUGGGUCCCUGAGUUACUCAUCAUGACUGCUUUAUGGAUUUAGUUUCACAACAUAAUAAUGAGUUCAUCCUGGCUUCCUGAAAUAUCUGUAGAGAUUAUACACACACUUACUUUUUUCACAAAUUGUGACAAUGUUAAAUAAAUAAGACAACAUGGCCACUGCUUAAAAAAUAAAACCACUUUUGAAUUACAUCCGAUGAAGUGAGCUGUAGCUCACGAAAGCUUAUGCUCUAAUAAAUUUUAGUCUCUAAGGUGCCACAAGUACUCCUUUUCUUUUUACGGAUACAGACUAACAUGGCUGCUACUCUGAAAACUAAAAAUUGACUUUCUGUAAACAUUUCUGAGAAUCCUGUAGUGUUUAGCAAAUGAACAGUCCCACUGAUUCAGCAGUGAUGACUCAGAUGGGCAAGGUAAGGCCAAAAUGUUUUUGAGAAACACAUUAUCGUUUUACAGUCCACAGAUACAUGUGAGAAAGGUAUGUGUUAUCUGUGUUAAUAUAUUAUAAAUUAUAUGCAUAAAGACUAAUACUCUACAAGCAAAUGAUUAUUCUUUGUAUUCUUGUGACACCUAAGAGACCUAGUUAUGGAUUUGGGCCCUAUUGUGCUAGGUGCUGUACAAACAGAACAAAAAGAUUUUCUCUGCCCCUCUUCAUACUUAUUUUAAAUAUACGCAUUAAAUGCUUUGGAUGUAUAAACAGAAUUACAUUUCUUUAUAUUUUGAUUAUAUUGCUAUUAAAAACCCUCCUCAUUUCCCAAAUUCCUUCCUUAGUUGUCUCACAUAUAACUCUUAUUACAACAUUAAUAGAACUAACUUUGCCUGUUUUGAUUUCUCCUGAAAUUUUAGCUUUCCACUAUUUUUGAAAAACAGUAGUUUAUAUAUUACUGCUGUUUUCUGUUACUCAACAAAGCAUGAAACCAAAUGGCAGCAUCACUCAGAAAGAAUAGAAAAUAAAUAAAUAACUUAGAAAAACAAAAAGAAGUGCAUUAAGGGGAAAGAGAAGAGCAGCAGUGAAGAAGCAAUGAAAUCCUCCCUGCAUCCUAAGUAAAUGUCUCUACUAAUUCUAAAAAUAAUAUGGCAAAGAGCUAGCAGUUUGUUGUGGAAGGAGGAUGGUUGCUCCUGGGAGGUUAUAAUUUGCUUUGGGAAUAAGGAUGUAUGAAUUUGUCCUUUCUUCCUCCUGCCUUGGUGCAUUACCCCUUGAAUUGGGAUGAAAAUGCUGGUGUUUCUCCUUGUCUUCUUUUUCCCUGAUGCAUCAGCUUCCUGUGCAGAGCCCUUUGCACUGGGGGUGAUUAUUCUUGUGUUUCUCCUGCUGCCCUGUUGCAUCAACUUCCUGUGCAAAGCCCCAUGCAUUGGGGUGAUGAUUCUUGUUUUUUCCUGUUGCCCUGUAUCGAUUUCCUAUGCAAAAUCCUUUACAGUAGGGUGAAGAUGGUUGUGUUGUUGCUGCUGCCUUAGUGCAUCAACUGCCUGUGUAAAGCCCCUUGCAUUGGGGUGAGUAUUUAUGUUUCUCCUCCUGCCAUGGUGCAUCAACUUCCUGUGUAGAAUCCCUUGCAUUGGGGGUGAGGAUGCUUGUGCUUCUGCUAGUGCCCUGGUGCAUCAGCUUCCUGUGCAGAAUCCUUUGCAUUGGGUGAGGAUGCUUAUAUUUCUCCCCUUGUCUUGGUGCAUCGGCUUUCCUACGCAGAACCCCUUGCGCAUUGGGGUGAGGAUGCUUGUGCUGCUCUCCUGCUGCUGCCUGCCCCGGUGCAUGCUCCCUCCCUCCCCCGCUGCUGCUCCACUAGAGUUUGGUGCCCUACUUCACUCUACUUUAGUUUCACUCACUUUACAUCCGGGUUUUUUCCCUAGGCAAUGGGAGCCGUCGCACAGCCCGUUCCUUAGGCAAAGGGAAAUAAAUUCGCCGCACCAACACGUCAAGUAGUCCCCUCAGGAGGAGCCAGCGAACCCUCCCUCCCCCCCCGGCGGAGGCUGGCGACCUCUCCUUCCUCACUCCCCGGGAGGCGGCAUGGGGUCCAGGGAGGUGGGAACUCGCCUCGCCCCCAAUCUCUGUUUCCUCCCCCGUCUCCUCCUCCUCCUCCCCUUCCCCGCUUCAGAGCCGGAGUAGCUGUGAGAGAGCGUGUCGGGCGCGCGCAGCGGCAGCUCGGGCGCGCGCCCCAGGCAGGCAGGGAGGCCGGCGGCGGAGUGAUCCCGGCGAGCGGGUGCUGCGGCCGGGCCGGGUGAAUGGGAUUGAAGAAGAGUUCAGCUUCUCGGCUUGUUUUUGUGUCACAGUUUCUCUUCUCCUGCGCCUCUUCUGCUUCGUUCCUUUCUUCCCGUCCGCCCCCUGCUCCCCCCGGCAGGCGGAGCCCCCUGGGGAGAGGGGGAAGGAAAAGGACCUCCCAGAGGAGAGAGAGAAGAGGAGGAGGAGAAGGGAGCAACCUACCAUCUUCCACUCCCAGCUUAGAUUAAAGAAAGUGAGAGGAGGAGAGAGAGGAGCCCAGAAGAGGGGGACAGGGAGGCCCAGAGGAGCCGCAGCACCUUCCCCCUAUGAAGAAGAGCCCUCCCCCUCAGAGAGAGGUCCUGCCAGGGGGACCCCAGCCAGCCACCAGCAGCAGCACCACCAGCAGGGGGCAGAAUUAAAGUGAAGGGUUUUCGCUUUCUAAUUUCUGAAUAAAGCUUGACAUCAUCACAACAUAUCUGACAAGAUGAGCACUGAAUGAGGCAGUGUGUAGGGGGGCUAGAGAACUGAAGGGGAAAAUCUGUUUUCCAGAACUGCAAAAGUUUGGAGAAAAGGAACUUUCAUUUUCUGAAGCCAGAGACUGAAGGCACUGUGGAAUUAGUAAAGAGACAGCUAGAAAGAGUGGAGAAGGUAGAGAAUGGAGUUGCAGACUCUACAGGAGGCUCUGAAAGUAGAAAUUCAGGUUCACCAGAAACUGGUUGCCCAAAUGAAGCAAGAUCCACAGAAUGCUGAUUUGAAGAAACAGCUUCAUGAACUCCAAGCCAAAAUCACAGCUUUGAGUGAGAAACAGAGGUAUCAGUCUUCCUGUUUGAAGAGAGUGGUGGAACAGCUGCGGAAGAAUCUGAUUGUAAAGCAGGAACAGCCAGAUAAUAAGUUUCAAAUACAGCCAUUGGUACAGUCAGAAAACAAACUACAAAAUCCACAACAGCAACCACUACAACAACUUCAGCAGCAGCAGUCUACUGCACCCUCUCCAAACCUGAUUGGAUCACAGAAAACUGUGACUACAACUCCUAUGAUCACCACUAAGACACUACCUCUCGUCUUGAAAGCAGCACCUGCAACCAUGCCUGCCUCUGUUGUGGGUCAAAGACCUACCAUUGCCAUGGUUACUGCAAUCAACAGUCAGAAAGCGGUCCUCAGCACCGAUGCACAGAAUACACCAGUCAACCUCCAGACAACAAAUAAAGUUACUGGUCCAGGAGCAGAGGCAGUCCAAAUAGUGGCAAAAAACACAGUUACUUUGCAGGUUCAGGCUACACCUCAGCCCAUCAAAGUGCCACAGUUCAUCCCUCCUCCCAGACUCACUCCUCGUCCAAAUUUUCUUCCACAGGUUCGACCCAAACCAGUUGCCCAGAAUAACAUUCCUAUUGCCCCAGCACCACCUCCGAUGCUUGCAGCUCCUCAGCUUAUUCAAAGGCCUGUGAUGCUGACAACAAAGUUCACACCCAGCUCUUUACCCACCUCACAGAACUCCAUACACCCAGUUCGUGUUGUUAAUGGGCAGACAGCAACCAUAGCCAAAACUUUCCCUAUGGCACAGCUCACCAGCAUUGUGAUAGCAGCCCCAGGUACCAGGCUCGCUGGACCUCAGACUCUACAGAUCAGCAAACCAAACCUUGAAAAACAGACUAUUAAACCCCAUGUGGAAGCAGAGGAGAAGCAAACAGAGAGUCGUACCAUUACUCCACCAGCUGCACCCAAGCCAAAACGAGAAGAAAAUCCACAGAAACUUGCCUUCAUGGUAUCUUUGGGACUGGUUACACAUGACCAUCUGGAAGAAAUCCAAAGUAAGAGACAAGAGAGGAAAAGAAGAACAACAGCAAAUCCAGUGUACAGUGGAGCCGUUUUUGAGCCUGAGCGUAAGAAGAGUGCAGUCACAUACCUGAACAGCACAAUGCAUCCUGGGACACGUAAAAGAGGUCGUCCACCUAAAUACAACACGGUGCUGGGAUUUGGGGCUCUGACCCCCACAUCCCCUCUAUCCAGUCAUCCUGACUCCCCUGAAAAUGAAAAGACAGAGACCACAUUUACUUUCCCCGCAUCUGUUCAGCCUGUGUCCCUGCCUAGCCCCAGCUCCACAGACGGCGAUAUCCAUGAGGAUUUUUGCAGUGUUUGCAGGAAAAGCGGGCAGUUGCUGAUGUGUGACACAUGUUCACGUGUGUAUCACCUGGACUGUCUGGACCCACCUCUGAAAACCAUUCCCAAGGGCAUGUGGAUCUGUCCCAAAUGUCAAGACCAGAUGCUGAAGAAGGAGGAAGCAAUCCCAUGGCCAGGGACUUUAGCAAUUGUUCAUUCAUAUAUUGCAUACAAAGCAGCAAAAGAAGAGGAGAAACAGAAGCUACUUAAAUGGAGUUCAGAUUUAAAACAAGAAAGAGAACAACUAGAGCAGAAGGUCAAACAGCUCAGCAAUUCCAUAACAAAAUGUAUGGAAAUGAAGAAUACCAUUCUGGCAAAACAGAAGGAGAUGCACAGCUCCUUGGAGAAGGUAAAACAGCUGGUCCGCCUCAUCCAAGGCAUUGACCUUUCAAAAUCCAUAAACUCUGAGGUCAAUUCAGUAGCCAUCUCCAAUGGCAUGGACUCGACUAACAAUGCUAAUGCUGCCACCUCCACCCCAGCCCCAGCCCCUUCCCAGAGCUGCAUGGUGAACUGUAACAAAGGCGAUGAGACUAAAUAACACAGUGGAGUAAGAAGGAGCCAAGGGAGGUGGCGGCGAGGAGGAGCAGCAAAAUAAUGAAACUCUAGAAAAGCAAAACCGGAUUUCUUCUGGAAAGUGCAGAAUUCUUUAGUUCUUUGGUUCCAGAGAGAGCGUGAAGAUGCUUGUGCCAGGCGGCACCGGAGUUUGCCAAUUGAUCCUUCUUAUUCUGUGUGUACAUGCAAAGUUUGGAUCAUGUUACAUGAAUAGUGCCAGCUGGGGGUUCUUUGCCAGCACCAUGCCAAGUGAAAUAAUAUAUUUACUCUCUCUAUAUUUUACACCAGUGUGUGCCUGCAGCAGCCUCCACAGCCACUAUAGGUUUGUUUUAUUUUUGUUUGGGGUGAGGAGCAGGGAUGAGGGAGGAGAGCAGGUUUCAAAUCCUUAUUUGCAGAACAGUUUGUUUAGGUAGGGAAAAAAUAAGUCCAAAGAGCCUGUGGGCUUUUCCUGUUUCUAAACUCUCAGCACUAUUAAACCAAAAAACAGAAGUAUAAAUUAACAAAUCCCAGUGCCCAGAGGGGACAAGUAUAUCAAAUAAGCAGUAUUUACUAUUGUUUAGACAGGAGAUGUACAAAACAAAAUAGGGAUGGAUUUUUCACCGAGUAACGAGCACAUGUGCAGGCUGGGGAUUUUCUGUCCUGGCAGCUUUGGGUUAACCCUGUUUCUUCACACUAGACAAAUGAAAUGCAUUGGAGAAUUGGAUUGGUUUGGAUCUUCAAGUUGAUCCAGGAAGCCUUUGUUGGGAGAGGGGACCAAAAUGGUUGAGUUGAAGCAUUGAAAGGGGGUGUCUCAAGGGAAAAUGUGCAUCAAUGAUUUUACUUGAAAAUGAGGUUCCAACCCUUUUCUAUAUUUAUAAAACAACAAAAAUAUCCUGAACAAAGCAGCACAUGACCCAGAUGUGUGCACUGAACAGAGAAAUGUCCUUUUCUUUCAUUUCCUCUCUUUCUUUUGGUAACAAAAAAUAAAUAAGGAAUAGAAAAGCUGUUAUUCAGGCUGACAGUCUAAUUAAAGAGGUAGAUGGGACCUUGCAUGGUAUAGAUUAGAAGUAAUAGUGUCAGUGAGAUACAGUGAGUCUUUGUGAGUCCUUGUGUCAUCGUUUUGGGCACUGUUUUUUUAUGCAAGGGCAAAAUCUUUGUAUCUGGGAAAAAACAACUUUUUUAAAAUUAAAAAGGAAAAUAAAAGAUAUUGAGGUCUUCCUAGUGUUACUUAAAAUAAGAUCAAGGUAAGAAACAUUGUAAAAAUUAUAAAAGUGCUAUUUGUUUCCUAAACAAGUGAUUUCUAUUAAAAAGGUGUCAGAACUGGAGAAAA